AUGAAUCGUAGUUUUUCUCUUACCGACGACCUACGAACCAUCCUGAAUAACCCAUCCUACGGUGACUUUGUCAUCAAAUGCUCAGAUUCGGACGAAGAAGGAGGUGAAGUUUUACAUUGCACCCGUGCAAUCUUGGCAGCACGCAGCGAAUUUUUUGACAGUCUAUUUCAAGUUGGGAUGCUGGAGGAAAUUAAUUCGGAAAUCAGUUUUCCGGAAAUAGCAACCACAACGAUGAAACUUGUGCUCGAGUUUAUCUACGCGGGAGAUUUCAAGGACAAUAGAUUAUUAAUGGAAAAUCUGGUCGAUGUGUUUCAUGCGGCAAAUUACCUCCAAUUACCAGCUCUCGAGUUGAUCACAUCUUCGAUAGUGGAAAAUUUAAACCCGGAGGAAGACUUCGGAUUAUUAAUCGAUAUUUUUGAAGCUGUUACAUCGAAAUUUAGUCACCUAGAUGAAAAUGAUAUUUCGAUUUACAGGAUUAUUUGUGAUAAAAUCGCGGAAAUUCCGUUUGAAUGGAUUCCUUAUGAUAAAAUGACAGAUAAAAUGCUCAAUGUAAUUUUAUUGAAGCUUCAAAACAAGCAGAAAAAUUAUUUAAAUUCAGAAUACAGCAUUCUCCGAUAUAUAAUAUUGUGGGGUGCCAAAAAAAUCUCGGCUCGUAUAUUUACAAGUUAUGAAAAAUUCCUACCAAGUCAUGAAGCGGUUGAAAAAAAUAAGAAUAAGCCUCAUGAACUUAAAAUUGAUCCUGAUAUACCGAGACGUUUGUCGGAGCAAAUCGAUCAAUUUCUUCCACUCGUUGAUUUAGAAUUAAUUCCACACGAAAGCUUGAAUUCAUUUAUCCAACCGUUAAAUCUAAUUUCACAAAAGCAGUUAACUGAAGCGUAUCAAUUUCACCUUAUCUCUGACCUUCAGAACACGGAUAAUUUUGAAUGGGACAAAAAGACAAGUGGUAGGAAUCUAAUUUUCUACCACAGACAAACGAUUGUGAAGGCUCCAAUAAAUCUUUUGGAGUGCGAAAUAGCACGCUCUUCGAAAAUCUUUUUUGAUGAUAGAACUUAUUUUUGGACAAUUUGGAUAUUAAGAGUAGGCGAAUACACAUCGAUUGGAAUUGGUCAGUUUGGUGAAGACUCGAAUGAAUGGUUGAUGGAUAUGGAUGGUUACUACCUGGAAGAAGAUGCAAUAAAACAGUCUGAAGUAAGUUUUAAGAAUGGUGAUCGCGUUGAGGUACGGUUAAACAUGAAGGAUCAUACCUGUGGCUUCUCUAUCAACGGUGGAGAUGUGAAAAUAGUUUUUCACAGGUUGCCAGAAGUAUUAUAUCCGGCUUUACCUCCCGCGAUGCCAGAGACAUCAUCAAGUGUCACACCUGCGCCGUUAAUAUUGGCGGUUGAGUGGGAGAUAAAAUCAAAUAAAUCCUCAUAUAACUAUUUUUCAUAA